UUUCUGAGCUGGCGAGGGUGUGACUCACAGCUUUCGAAAGUAUUAAGCCAGCGUCAGGAGCGGUGUCGCAGCUAGAACGUCUCCAGCUCUCCCGCGUGGUGGUGGUGGCACUUCUCGAGUCUUCAACUUCCCUGUUCUUGUUCCCUGAUUAUACACCAGGAGCAACCUCGCAGCCGCCAUGGCCUCUUCAAAUGUGUGCAAGGUUAGCAUGUUCUUCGAGCGCCCCGGCGCCCCUAAGAUCUACAACCGCAACACUGCCAUCUGGUCGGAGUACGAGUACGCCCGCAGGGACAAAUAUGGCGCCCACCCCUACACUCCCCUCGUCAGCGGAAGUGUCGACGUCAAAUACAUCGAUGAGAAGUCUGUCAGCGAACGCCUCCAGGGGCUCUCCUCCUUACACAUCUCCAAAGUCAGAAGACUCAUCUAGAUGCCCCGUCCCCUUCAUCAACAUCUGCUUACCCCGCCCCUUCUACCCCCCACCCCCCCAUCACCAUCGGUCACCGACUGUCGGUGACUAAUUGUCCACCGCCAGCAUGAAUGACAAAAAGAAGUGGAACAGGAGGCUGGCCCCGCACAUCUACGACUACAACUACAAAGUCGGCGAGAGCUACUACGCUCCCCAGACCGAGUAUAUCGAAAACCGGGACUUCGUCCCAAGACGCAAGGCCCCGCCCCCGGAAGCUCAGACCUUCGCCGAGCGCUACGUCGAUAGGCCCAUCUACGGCAGCACGCGAGGUCUGCCUUACGACGAGAGCGAGUCGACGCUCGGAAAGCCCCUGGUGAGACGCCGAGCUAUGAGCGUCGGUCGAGCGCGCUCGAAGGAACCCGAGAUCGACGACGCUCCUUCAGGCACGAGGCUCGGUCGCAGCCGGGAACGCAAAGUCUCCUUCAACAUGGACGACUUCCCGUCCCUGCUGGAUAACGAGCUCAACUUCCAGAUACCGGCCAGGAGGUACAGGAAGAGUUCGGAGAAGAUCGCGAGCGAAGAGGACUUCGACAUCAACCCCAAGACGAGGAAGGAGUUGGAGGAAGAGUUCAAGAGGAUCAAGAACGAAUUCAAGAAGGCAGAUUCCGUCGAGAGGACCUCCGUCCGCUCGGCGCCCCGCACCUCCCAGUACGAAGAGACAGUCUACAACGCUGACCUUGGCGUCCCCGGAAGGAGAAAAGUCACACGCGAGGAGGUCAACUACACGCUGCCUCCCUCGGGAGCCAAGGUCCACAAGAGUUCCUAUUCUGAGAGCACCAAGUUUGAGUCUUCCAAACCACCCAGGGCCCCCAGGGUCUCGCGCUUCAGCAGCGUGGAGAAUGACCUCGACUUCAAACUGCCUUCGACGAGACUCCGCAAGUUCAGCACCAGCGACAUCGACGACGACGAAUUCAAGCUGAAGUACAUCACGCCGAGGCCCAACAGCAGAACCCGCACGGCGGAGGAGGAGACCAGAUUCCAGCAGAAUCUCUCCCUCCGCGAGAGGAGGAGGAAGGAAGACUCGGAGGAACUCAGCUCCCACAUCAGCAAUCUCAUCAACAGAAUGAAGGACCACGACACCGAGGGAGGAUACAAGUUCUCCCGCAACAUCAGGGCCACCUCCCUGGACCCAUACGAUUACGAGCCCCGGGCUCGAGCGCGCGUACAAGCCAGGGCGCACCAGUUUUCGUAUGGAGUUUCCAAGUAGUGUGGACCGUCUGUCACACACGACUGAUCAUUGAUAUCAUAAGAGAUAUUUUUUUGCGUGUUUUCCGCGAGAAGAAAUGAUCCUCGAGAUCCCGUCUUCCUCCGUCUGUUUUCUGCUUCGUGUUGACUUUGUCGAAGAAUCCGAGACGUCUAUUUUCUUAUAAGUCAUUCGUGUAACUUGAAACUCUGUAGUCACACGAAGUUCACCCAUGCAGCUAUCGUGAACUGCAGUGUAUAGCAAAGAAUGAUGUUAUAUGAUGUUUGUCACAUCGCUGCCAUCUUUUAGUGCCUUAACAUUAAUAUUUAAAAAUAUAUAUAUAAUAUAUCAAAUGCUUCCGGGAUAUGACACUAGCUCACCAGGAAUCUCCACUCAUAUCCUAACUACACUUCACAAUGGACAGAUGAACACAAUAGCUAUAAUAACCAAACGAUAACAAAAUAACAAUAAAAAUCAUAUAUUUAAUGACCAGGUGUGCGAAGUCAGCUUCCGAUGAUGUCAUGAGUGACGCGUAGAUUUAUUGGAAUCUCUGUCUCAGUCUAGUCAUUCAAAUGUCCAGAACUAGCAUCCAAUCAUAUCUUAACUUUACUAUGAUAUCAUCUGUCAUUGGAUAAUAAAAUAAUAAUAAUAAUAAUAACUGAUUAUAAAUAAUAACUAACACAUUUUAUGGCUUGUGUUUUCGUCUUUUGCUCUCUUUCUCUCUAUUUUUCUCUUACUCUUUUAUUUAAUCUUCUCGUUCACUUGAUGUCUCUUUGUAUUUUUUCUCCUUUUUAAGGCUUAUUAUUGGUCAUCUUUUUUGCGAGACUGUGUGCUCACACGCAGACCUGUAGUUAGGUUCGACAGAUUAAAAGAAUAGAUUUCAUUCUUCAGUCAUCCACCGUGAGAUUUUGCUCUUGUUAAUUAAUUAUAUAUUUUAAAAUAUAAAUAAAAGUACAAUGAUAA